UUUUCUGCCUCACGAAUCAAUCCUAACCUUUACACGUCUCAUCCGUCUUCACUAAAGGCUCAGCUGGAGAGCUCUCUCUGCCCGUUAACGGAGAACGGUUACCUCAUUUUGAAGAUGACGGCCUCUGUAUAACGCUCGGGCGCACACGCUUUUAAUGAUUCGUGACUUCUCCUCCCUCGCGGAGAGCAGAGUAAAGGAGUCGGUCCUUUCUGCACCUUUCUCCGAGAAGAGGGAGGUGUUGAAUUCGCUCGGGAAGGCGAGGGCUGAACGGUAGUUUACAGAAAGUGGUUGCUACUGCACCGCGACAGACCUGAGGUCGAACCGCUCGCUACUCGACGUCACAAUGGAGAUUCAUCCGAGGAAUUCCCUCACUACGGAAACGGAAGCAUCUGGAGCGUGUUAGUGACAACGGGAGAUGAAGAUGUAUGUCGCGAGCGCUCAUGAUUUAACGAUGUAAAUAGUCUAUGGGGGAGUCUGUCUGUGGAGCGGACACGUUUUAUGUCUGGAGAAGAGAGAGACAGACAACCUUGUUCCGCGCUGACGGCUCCGUUGAAACCUCUCUAUCUAACCUGGUCAGUAACGCAUGACCGACAGACAGACAGACAGACAGAGAGAGAGAGAGAGAGAGAGAGAGCAUUGGUUCAGUCUUCCACGCUAGCUGGAGGAGGCACAGAGAGGAGGCAUCUAUCUACGUCUAUCCAAGUUGCUCAGCAGCUCCGUGAAACACAAUGCCCUCCUCGUAGGAGCUGAUAUGCAGACGCGUUGUGUAGGAGACUCGGGAAAAGGGCGUUGAAUAAAGUACUUCUCCACUCCCCAGUCCCUUCACCCCUCGCCAGACAUGACGGGUCAGAGCCUGGAGGAGCUGACAGCAGCCUAUGAGGAUCACACCGUGCGCAUCAACGUGGGAGGGUUCAAGAAGAGGCUGUUCUCCAACACUCUGUCUCGCUUCCCGGAGACCCGUCUGGCUCGGCUGCUACAGUGCCAAUCGAAAGAGUCGAUACUAGAACUCUGCGACGACUACGACGACACGGAAAAGGAGUUUUAUUUCGAUAGGAACCCGGCUCUCUUCCCUUACGUGUUGAAUUUCUACAACACCGGGAAGCUCCACGUCAUGGCAGAGUUGUGCAUCUUCUCCUUCAGCCAGGAGAUCGAGUACUGGGGCAUCAAUGAAUUCUUCAUCGACUCGUGUUGCAGCGGCGCCUACCACUGCCGAAAGAUGGAUCCCGACCGCGCGGAGGACUGGGACGACUGCCGGAGCGACGAGGGCAGCACCACGUCAUCGUUCGACGAGAUUCUAGAGUUCUACAACGACGCCACUAAGUUCGAUAAGCAGCCGUUGGGGAGCGUCCGGAGGCGCAUCUGGUUGAUCCUGGAUAACCCGGGUUACUCCGUCGCCAGCCGAGUCAUCAGUAUCCUCUCUAUCCUGGUCGUGUUGGGUUCCAUAACCGCCAUGUGCAUGAACAGCAUGGCUGAGUUCACCCUGGUGGACAGGGAGGGGACGCCUCGCGAGGACCCCAGGUUUGAAACGGUGGAACACUUUGGUAUCGGCUGGUUCACCUUGGAGCUGGCGGCCCGGUUCACAGUCGCCCCGGAUCUGAUCCAUUUCUUCAAGCAUCCGUUGAACCUCAUAGACCUCGUGUCGAUAUUACCGUUCUACCUGACGCUCGUCAUCGACCUGGUGGCCGAGAGCAGCCCGGCGCUGGCCAAUCUGGGGCGCGUGGCACAGGUGCUACGCCUGAUGAGGAUCUUCCGUAUCCUGAAGCUGGCGCGUCACUCCACGGGUCUGCGCUCUCUGGGCGCCACGCUGAGAAACAGCUACAAGGAAGUGGGGUUGCUACUGCUCUACCUGGCGGUGGGCGUGUCUUUCUUCUCCGUCAUGGCCUACACCGUGGAGAAGGACAGCGAGGACUUCUCUACCGUCCCGGCAUGCUGGUGGUGGGCCACGGUGAGCAUGACCACGGUGGGGUACGGAGACGUGGUCCCGGUGUCUAUAGCCGGCAAGGUGACGGCCUCGGCCUGUAUCCUGGCAGGCAUCCUGGUGGUUGUGCUUCCCAUCACACUCAUAUUCAACAAGUUCUCCCUCUUCUACAAGAGACAGAAACAGUUAGAGAUCGCUAUGCGCAGCUGUGACUUCGACCAGGAGAUCAAAGAUAACCUUCCCUCUGUCAAUCUGAGGAACUACUAUGCACACAAGGUGAAAUCUCUCAUGGCCAGUCUGUCCAAUAUCAACCGGAGUUUACCCAGUGAACACAGUCUGAACGAGAUGUCAAUACAUUAAGAUCUGAGGAUCAACAGACUGCCCCUCCCCCCCGUUGGCCUUAUAAGGACGUGACCGAAGGAGAGGAGAAACGUGGUGCAAGAGGUAGAGCUGUUUCUGUGUAGACCUUGUCAUUGAAUAGAGCUACAAUGGGAAGCUGAAGUUUAGUUUGACUGACAGGCGAGGGAGGGAGUGGGCGGGCCAACCAACAUCACAACCUUUCUAUUGGGAGAAAUCUCAUCGAAUCCUCUCUCUCUCUUUUACGUUCUUCUCAAAUCCUAUUGGAUGAGAAGGCCAGAGGCCCUUCCCCUCUGACCUUUCUAAUCCAAUGGGCUUUUCCGAGGAGAGAGGACACAAGGAAUCAAAGAAAAACAAUGGAGAUUCUCCCAAUGAUUUUCCUCUUCCACCUUUUCAUUCACCUCAAGUGUUUUAACAGUGUGGUUCAUCAUCAGACAGAAGAGAAGCCGAUAGUCUGACAACAUAAUCUACUGCCGUGGUGUGUUGGGGUCUAUUCAUUAGGACGGACAUUAACAAGUCUUCAAUAAAGGACACAGUGCAGGACAAGUCACAACCCUAGGACAUGGGGCUUCAUCACUAGGGGUCAACCCUAGGACAUGGGGCUUCAUCACUAGGGCUGAACCCUAGGACAUGGGGUUCAUUACUAGGGGUCAACCCUAGGACAUGGGGUUCAUCAUUAGGGGUCAACCCUAGGUCAUGGACUUCAUCACUAGUCACUAGGGGUCAACCCUAGGACAUGGGGUUCAUCAUUAGGUGUCAACCCUAGGUCAUGGACUUCAUCACUAGUCACUAGGGGUCAACCUUAGGCCAUGGACUUCAUCACUAGUCACUAGGGGUCAACCCUAGGACAUGGGGUUCAUCACUAGGGGUCAACCCUAGGACAUUGGGCUUCAUCACUAGGGGUCAACCCUAGGUCAUGGACUUCCUCACCAAUCACUAGGGAUCAACCCUAGGACAUGGGGUUCAUCACUAGGGGUUAACCCUAGGACAUGGGCUUCAUCACUAGGGGUCAACCCUAGGACAUGGGGUUCAUCACUAGGGGUCAACCCUAGGUCAUGGACAUCAUCACUAGUCACUAGGGGUCAACCCUAGGCCAUGGGGUUCAUCACUAGUCACUAAGUGUCCCCUAAAGUUUAGUCAUUGUGAUUUUGUCCAAAGUAGAGCUUUUCUCAUGUUCUCCUGUUAUGAGGUACUGUUGAUGUGUAACUGUUGUACUGCAAUGAGAUGAUCAAUACAAGAUCAAUACAUGUUGA